UUUCACUUGGGUUGGAUGCAGGAUCCGAACACUUGUCCCACCUCUGGUUUUAAUAGUGCGAGUUACAGGCAGGCCUUAAAAAAAAAAGCAGAGGCGGCACACGUUACUCGAGCGUCGUCGAUCGUUCGUUCGUCCCGUACUCUCCAACUCCUGAGGCAGAGAGGAAGCAGCGUACGGCCGUGGAUCCUGGCCUCGCGAGAAAAUAACCGGCGCCGGACCCCGUCAUGUGACGGUCCCGUGACUCCGUGCGGAAGAGGGGAUUUCAACGGUGACAACACGACGCGCACGGGGCUAAACGCUGACACAAACUGUUUCCGUUUCUCGUCUGUAUCCCUAUCCAGCCUCCCGUCAGCCCAGCAAUGGACGGAUCCGUCAGAGCCUCUUCGGACGCCGCACCCGGACCGCCGCCUUACUUUAGAGGGUUCGAUGAAGAUGUCAAGCUCUGACAGCUACUUCUAUGCAGCCAUUGUUGCUGUGCUCGCUGUGCAUGUGGUUUUGGCUUUGUUUGUUUAUGUGGCCUGGAACGAAGGCACACCUAAAGGGAAGGGCAAACACGAUUAAGACAUGCCCUUAUGAGCUUCUAAGACCGGAGGAGAUGGACAGACACGGAUAUGGAUUCACAGCCCGCCCCACCCCCCGCCCAUGGGCUCAGGGACUAAACAUGGCAACAUCUACCAGCCAGACAGUUAGGGGAUGUGGUUUGAUUUUAGGCUUUAACCUGCGGUUAAAGGAUGAAUCUACUGUAUAUUCCCUGGCAUGGGGGUGUGGGUGCUGUUGGGUGUGUUUUUUUGUUUUUUUUUGUUUUGUUUUUUCCACCAGUCUCAGCAGGCCCGCUUUUUUGUGUUCUCUGAAAAUUUUUUGUUUCUUGACAGAGGACAGCUCAUAUUUUUAAGAGGUCUUCUUAUAAAAUGCCAUUUGGCUAAGUGCUGUAAGUCCCUCCCUUCACAGUAAAGAGUUUGUCAUGUAGGAAAACAUCUUGGGCUUUCAAUGAUGCAUGCAUGUGCGCACACACACACAUACGUACUUGUAAUGUGUAUGUUUGAGGGAUUUGAUUCCAAAAUACUCCCCCAUUCUGUGAGAAUUUGUGCUACUGAAUUGGUCAUUCUGUCCUCAAAUUUAAGUUCUUAUCUGCAUACAUUUCAAUAUAAACCCACCAUGUGCUUAAACUUCAAUCUGUAUUUUGGAACAAACUCUUCAUGAUGUCUUUUCCUUAAAAUAUUCUGAUUCAUCUGUUUGUCCUUGUAGAGGGCAGGAGUGAUUUUCUUCCUGUUUUAAUGUGUUUGUGUACUGUAGUGAAAUGAUAUUUUGGAACUUUGAAUUAGGAAAUUAUUAUUAUUAUUAUUAUUAUUAUUAAGAUCAGACUGUAUUUAAAGGAAUGUUUUGUACUGAAGAUGUUCGGUGAGCUUGAGGAUCUAGAUGUCAUUGAAGUGUAAUUCAGAUGAGAAUAUUGUGAUGCUCAAAUAAACUUGAAAAAUUGUAA